AAACGAGCCGAAUUUCAAGAUAUUUUGUAACAGCUGUCCACGGUCGUUUACAAAGAUAAACAGUCUCCAAAAACAUUAUUACAGACAGCAUGAGGCUUUAACAGUGGAAGAAGACUUAAAUGAUGGGGAAAAUGAGAACCAUUUUCAGGAGAUGUUUGACGAGGGAGAAGCACGAAGUCUAAUGCAACGCCAUGCUGCCAAAUUCCUUUUAUGUUCCAAAACAAGAGGUAUGCUCACCCAGAGUGCCGUGGACUUGGUCAAAGAUUCAGCGAAAAAUCUACUAACUGAGUAUUUGGACAUAGUCAAAAAAUCGCUUGUCGAAAAGAUAAACAGUAAUCCUGGUCAAGAAUUGCAAUUUGACCAAGAUGUGGAAAAGUUAUUUUCAGCAGAGAGUGUCUUCGACGGAGUUGAUUCAGAAUACCAACAAAGAUCAUAUUUUAAGCGUCAUUUCAAUUUGGUGGAACCAAUAGAAGUUGAGAUGGGAAAACAGUGGAGAAGUGAUUUUCGACAAGGGAGAAAAAUACUUAAACGUGUCACAGUUUUUGGUUAUCAAGUUCCAUUAUUAAAGACUUUGGAGGCACUUCUUCAAAACCCAGAUGUUUUAAAGGAAGUUGAAAAUCCACAUUUUUCAUGUGAUGGUGUUCUUCGAGAUGUAAUGGAUGGGGAUUUUUUCAAGAGUCAUCCAGUAUUCUCCCUCCACAGUGAUGCCCUGCAGCUGUUGGGCUAUUAUGAUGAUCUAGAAAUAGCCAAUCCUUUAGGUUCAAAAGCAAAGAUUCAUAAAAUUGGUGUCUUUUACUUUGUGCUGGGCAAUAUAAGGCCAAUGUUUAGAUCAAGCAUCCGCAGUAUACAACUUAUAGCUAUUGCUAAAACAAAAGACAUCAAGUCAUUUGGGAUCGAUAAUCUUUUGAUGCCAUUCAUUGAGGAUGUCAAUUGUUUGGCGAAGGCUAAUGGUCACUGUUUUACCAUAAAUGGUGUUGCCCGUGUGUUUGAGGUGAUCUGUUAUUGUGGACUGGAGAUACACUUGGUAGCAACUAUGUCAGUGGUUUCAAGGAAGGUGUUGGAGGAGCAUUGCGAAUUUGUAGGCAUUUUUUUAUCUGAAGACUUUUCAGAAAGAGAUUUGGAUAAUCACAGACAAAUAUGUGCAUGUAUUGAAGAUGAAGAUAAUGCAUUAAACAUCCGUGAACAACUUUCCACAACCUAUGGGGUAAACAGAUUAAGUGUGUUGGAUAAGAUGUAUCACACUCAAAGAGUUAAAUCGGAGGAUGAAAACUUUGAUUAUGGAUACAUGAACAAAAAGAAUAAGCCAACUGCAAUUACAGGGAAACAAUCAAUGGUGUCACUGAAGCUAAGCUUAAACAAUCAGGAACAUGUGCUGGAACCUUCUGAGUUCUCCCAGCAGCCCUUGACUAAUUACCUGUAUAGUGGUGAUGUUGUUGGAUUAGGCGAUCACAAUGUUGAUUUGCACAGCCAUCCAUAUUUUGGCAUGAUAGCUCAAGCUGCUAGUGUUGAUCAACUGGCACAGCCAUGUAAAGGAAGCAGUCAUGUUAGGCAUGUGGAGAUUCAUGGCAUAAUUUACAAGCCAGGAUGUGCUCUGCGACUGCAGGAAAUGGAUGAGAUUGGUGAGAGAGAUUAUCCAGUUUAUGGUGAGGUGGAAGAAAUCGUUGUUUGGGAAGAUAGAAAAUUUUUUUGUUGUUCGAGUUUUGGAGACAUCUGCUUUCCACAGACAUUUUAUGUACUACCAAGUUCAUAAAACUAAUGAAAGGCUUGUUGUACGUAGUAAUUCAAAACUUACCCUGGCAUGGGGUUUUGCAUAUUAUUAAAUCUAAUGGAAAAU